GUGUGAAGGCCGAUAGCCGAUACUGAUCAUCAACAUGUCCAACGACGGUCAACUACUAGGUGUCGCGCUCAUCAUCCGACAUGGUGAUCGCCAGGAGUUUUGGCAGAAUCCCGACACCUACAGCCCGACGGCUACCCAACUUACACCUUUAGGAAACCAACAAGAGUUCCAGCUAGGGAGCACGCUGCGUUCUCUCUACCUGAACGCUUCCUCGCCUUCCUACAUUGCUAACAUCAGCACGGACUUGUUUGAUCAAAACCAAAUUUAUGUUCGUGCAGACUUUGGCGGCGAAGACAUGGUCAUCUACGACUCGUGCGUUUCUGUGACGCAAGGAAUGUGGCCGGUUACGUCUUCGAACAACAUCACGAUUGCGAACGGAACGACGAUCGUAGCACCCUUGGGAGGGUACCAGUAUGUUCCUGUCGACGCAGUCGAUCCCGAUGAAGACGUAUCUCUGGAAGGUUUUGAUGACUGUAACACUUUCGAUGAUCAUACGACAGCGUUUUAUAACUCGACCGCUUUCCAACAAAAAGCUCAAGAAAGCGCUGACUUCCUGAAUGCUCUGAAACCUUACCUUGGUGGACGAUCUAACUCGCUGCAAAACAUGUGGAAUAUUUACGAUUACGUGAAUGUGCAAAGCGUACACAACUCUACUUUUGCCCAGGAACUUCCCUCCACAUUCGAGGCACAGGCCCGGGACCUGGCAAACUGGCACGAGUAUAAUGUAUUCAGUUCCUCCAACUUGGGUGGUAUUGGAAACAUCGCAGCCCAAGCUAUGCUCCCUACGAUUCUCGUCGAUUUGAGCGACAUUGCAAACUCUUCUAACCCGACUUUGCUCACGAUCACUGAGAUAUCCUACAAACCUUUCCUCUCCCUUUUCAAUAUGACGGGAGUCGCUGCUCAGAACCCUGAACUGGCUGGUUUGGUCAACUAUGCCGCCGCGGUGGCCCUCGAGGUCCGGCAAUCCUCAUCAGGGCAGCCUACGAUCCGGUUUAACUUCAAGAACGGAACUGAUGAAGACUUCGUAACCUACAACUUCCUCAACCAAAAUGGUGACGUGCCGAUGUCGACCUUCGUCGAUAACCUCGCGCCCUAUGCCGUGAACACCACCGCAGACUGGUGUUCGGUCUGCUCUAAUUCGCAAGACCGUGGAUGCGCAGCCCUGACCCUUGCAGAAGACCAAGGUCGUGCAUCGGCUCACACUCGCAUCAGCCCCGUCGGCGCUGGAUUCCUCGGCGCAGGCUUGACUGUCGCAGUUUCCCUACUGAUGCUGGGCGCUCUCGCUUUCUUCGGAUUCCUCUCGUUUGGUAAACGUCGCCACUCACGCAAAAUCCACAGCGACGACGAGCUCGAGCUUAGGAAGUAAAUGAUAUUAUGAUUCUUGAGUAAAAGAGAUCUAGCAUAGAUUGUGCGCUAAAAGUUGUAAUCAAAGCCCAUGGGCAUCCGUGUAGGUUAGUGCAUAUGCAAACAUUGAUGAUUCUCUGGUGUCUCAAGAUGUAUUGUCGAGAGUCGUACCUCGCUCGCAGUUAGUCGCUGUCAUCGUAAUCCUGGUUUUCAUGGAACAUAUCGCUGCUAUUACUAUCAUCCGAUUCUUCUUCAUCUGGAUAAUCAUUCCUGUAAUACUCCUCGGCGUUGGAAUCCUCAUCCGCUUCAUCAUCCGGCUCAGAUUCAUCAGUGUCACUAUCAUACAUGUCUGAUGCAACAGGAGGAAGCCCUGACCUAGAGAGGGAGUACGGUCAGAGAAGGCGAGAUCGCCGACCAUUGACCACCUACAGCGUCGCGACGUUUGCAACGCUAUUCCAUUCGCUGAGAGUGGCGGGUCGUCGGUAGAAGACGUCCCAAACAUAUUCGUCUUGUGCCCCUUUGCUUAUAGUAGGCCCAGGAGAUGAAGUUGUUGACCGAGACAUUAUACCGGGAGCGUCGAUCUCAUUGACUAAUCACGCAUAUUUGGCGUGCACAUUGUCAAUAAAUGGGGAAACACUCACGCCUGAGGUAAUCCUGGAGCAUCGGGAGGAACUUCUCCAUCUCGGGGUCUAAGGCAGGCUCAUUCAUUCCAGAAUUGUCGAGGAUAGCAUCGUACAUCUUGAGCCCAUCUUUGGGCGGGAGAUCCUUCGAGGAUAUAACCUUGGGCGGGCUAGUCAUAAACCUUGAAGACUUGGGUUUCUCUUGCUCAGCGAGCGGCCGUACCUUGUAACGUCUCGAGGGUGUAGGUAAUUGUUUCAGCGGAGGAUUCUGAGGAUCCUGCUGCGGUGAGACACGAGCAUUGUCGAGCUGCGACGUAGAUGUUUCUGGGGCAUUGCUAUAUAAUUGCGAGAGGCGAGACUGGAGAUCUUUCCGGAGUUGCUCAUCCCGCCAUGCGACCUCUUCCACCGUCUCGGCAAACUGGAAGACGUCGAGACCUUCACGCGUCUUCUUCCUCCUAGCCUUUGACUCGACGACUAGCGCAUCCAGUGGCUCGUC